UCAUGGUCCUCGAAGGAGCCAGUCAUAUAUUACACGCAUGCGCAGUCCAUUGUUGUGAUAUUCGCUUGAUCAACAUGUCUGCCUCCAUGGUACGAGCGACCGUCCGAGCGGUCAGUAAAAGAAGGAUCCUUCCCACUAGAGCUGCUCUCACUUUAACGCCUUCCGCUGUGAACAAGAUUCGAUGCUUGUUGCAGGACAAGCCAGAAUAUAUUGGUUUGAAAGUUGGCGUGAGAACGCGUGGGUGCAACGGGCUGACGUACACGCUGGAAUACACCAAGCAGAAGGAAAAUUGUGAUGAGGAGGUGCAGCAGAAUGGCGUGAGGGUGUUCAUCGCCAAGAAAGCCCAGCUGACCCUGCUGGGGACCGAGAUGGACUUUGUGGAUUCGAAGCUGUCCAGCGAAUUUGUUUUCAACAAUCCCAACAUCAAGGGCACGUGUGGCUGCGGAGAGAGCUUCAACAUCUGAGCACGGCUCACCUUCCCAAACCUCGUCCCGUCCAAAGCCAACAAACAAAAGACUCCGCGUGGACCAUGGAGAGCCAGUCUUGUGACCACUGCAGACUACGCACACAUGCUUGCAAACCUUCAAUCGAAUGCACCCAAUCACAAUUUACCACCCACCACCUUUGGUUUGAUUUUGUCCUACUUCUGUCGUUUUUUUUCAAGGGAGCCUCCUUAUCGCCUACUUUGCAAGAGAAUGUUUAUUCAUUGUAGUGGCAGUCUACUGUUUUAGUGAUACGCACACAUUCUUGUACUUUUUCACAUGAAUUCAAGAUGUAGCAUCUUGAAAAUGGCUUUAUCAGUUUGUAUCGUCUUUUGAAAUGGACAAAGAAUAUUUAUCGUUGUGUGUAAAUAUAGAGUGUGAAUAAACGAAGAACCACAGAAGUGCUCAAUAAAGUUAUGU